AUGAAGGCCUCGCUGAAGCUCCGUGACGAAGCCGGGCCGCUGCUCCGCGCGAAGCUCCCCGUCGCGCUCUUCUCCGUGCCCGCCGUCGCAUCGCUCACCGCCGGCGACCCAGCCGACCUCCGUCUCUCCCUCGCCACCGCCGCCCAGGCGCUCCCGUCCCUCCGCCUCUCCUACGCGCCGAACCGCCCCGCAGGAUCGUCCCCGUUCUCCCUGUCCCUCGUCCUCGGCUCCGGCCCCGGCGGCUGCCCCUCCUCCGGGCCGGCCGGCGCCUCCGCCAUCACCAUGGCAGUCGAGGUCAGCGCCGCGGGCGCCGUCUCCUUCUCGCUCGCGCUCAAGCCCUCGCUCGGCGACUUCAACGUCCGCAAGCGGUUCGAGUCAGCCGGCGGAGCAGGCGGGACUUCGCCGUCGGAGGUGACGAUGAGGAGCGUCGUGCCGGUGCGCGGCGGCGCAGCGGCGGUGAGGAUCCGGUGGGGCGUGAGGAUACCCGCAGAGAUAACCGCCACCGGGGAGGCCGGCGCGGCUGGAGUGAUUCUGCGGAGGCUUCCGUUCUUGGUUCUUGGCAAGGUGACGGUUGAGACGCUGUCAGGGAAGCCAGCGCCCGAGCCGGAGGCUGCGGUGCAAGAGGAGGCGGCGGUGCAGAAGGUGAGGACGGAGAACGAGAAGCUGAGAAAGGAGGUGGAGAAACUCAGGGCGACACCAGAGGAGGGCAGCAAGAAGGAGACAUCAGUGUUGGCCGGUGCCCGCCGGGACAACGGCGGAAGGUCGCCGGAGAUGGUAGGAAACUAGGAAAUGAAAUGGCACUGAUGUAGUGCUGUCGGGGUUAGAUUUUUUUUCUUUAUUUUUAAUCUGCGUAGAGCAAUACGUGCGAAUGUGCUACUAGUUGUACAUAUGUAGGA